AUGGACGGCCUCAACCAAUCCGAGCAACGCGAGUUCGCCUCCCGCAUGGAGCGCAAGCAGAUGAAGGAGUUCAUGACCAUGUACUCCAAGAUGGUUCAGCGCUGCUUUGAUGACUGUGUCAACGAUUUCACCACCAAGUCCCUCAUCAACCGCGAAGAGCAAUGUGUCCUGCGCUGCGUCGACAAGCAACUGAAGGGAUCCGCCCGCUUGAACGAGCGUUUCCAGGAACAGAACGCCGCUAUGAUGCAGCAGGGCCGUUAA